AUGGCGGGCUUCACACGCUCCCUGGCUGCCGUGGCUCGGCCCUGCUCCGGAUGCCCAGGCCUCUCCUCCUUGCUGCCACUGAGUGCCCCGGCCUCUGCCAGGAGCCCAUUUCUGCCAGCCUUCCGCGCAGGUCCGGCUUCUCAGGCCACGCUACACGCCUGUGGGCGUGGGGAGCCUCGGAGUGCAGGCACGGAGACCGAACUCAAUUCUCCCCAGUACCCUGCCUGUCCCACUGCUCCUGGAGCACUGGGCCCAUCUGGCAAACGGAAGAUCCACCGGAAGAGCCGGCCUCCUCCAGAGACUCACCUGAAACCAGCGUUCCCCACCCGCCCAGGCACAUCAAACAGCUCGGCCCCCAUCCACCCUGACCCCAGCAGCUCGGCGACCCUGUGUCCUCCCGCCACACUCAUAAAGCCUCCCGGCUUUCUCACACGCUCCUCUAUCCCUCACAGCCCCCAGGCGGCCCCUCCCGUGGAGAAGGAAACGGGAGACAGCUCCGUGGAAGUUCUGGCGGGCCUCCACAGCCGGGACACCGGGCAGAGGACGCUCACCGCCAAGGGGGAGCAGCAGGAGCAGCGGCUGUCAGAGCAGGACGGACUAGCAGCCCUUCUUCUCAGAGGCAGAGGAAUGCCAGGAAUGCAAAUGCCUCCCCAGGUGCUGGCCCGGACAGCCGCGACAAGGGAAGAAAAUAAAUGCAACUUUCCAAAGAAAACUCUGACGCUGGAGCUGCAACAGGAGCGAGCGGCCGGUCCGCCCGCCGUCCACCCGGCCCGGGGCUCCCGGGAGGGCCCGCUCCCCGCCCACCCGCCGCCGGGCCCGGGACAGCGGGGGACCCGGCGCUCCAGCCCAACCCGCCCCCCGCGGAGGAAAGCCCUGCUCCGCGGGGACCGAGCGGCAGGACAGAAGGGACGCGCCCGGGGCCCGCCACCUCCCCCGGGAGUAGCGCGGGGCGCUGAACACGCCACCCCGCGGAGCUCCGCCGCGCGGCCCCGCUCCCUCUCCCGCGCCUGGGGGUCCCCUCCCCCGGGAGACGAGGGGGCGCGCGCCUACCUGGCCGAGGUGUGCGGCUGUCACCCGGGGCCGGCGCGCACGAGCUUGUCCCCCCCGCCUCCUCCCAACGCGCGCCAGCCGGCCGCUUUUAAAUCUCCAGGUAAAGACUGCCCGGCUCCGCGGGGCACCUCCCCUCCCCGGAGCCAGUCUGCGACCAUUACCCGCACGUGCUAUUCUGGCCGUCCGCCGGUCCGCGGGCGGAGCUGCACCCCACCCAGCCGGGACCAGCCGUUCGAAGGAGAUGGCACCCUCUUCCCCCAGUCGCUCUUCCUGCCGUUCGCCACCCUCUGA